GUCCCGUCUCUCCACACCCACGCCCACACACGCAAACACAGAACACACCACCCCGCGCCGCAUCGAUCGCUCCCACGACCGACGCGAGCCGCAGCGGCGGCGGAAGCGGUCGGGACCGACGCGGACCCGUCGAUCUCCUCGCGAGCGCGAACCCUCGCCGGAGCCCCUUCCCCGCCGGCGGACUCCCCCGCGUUCUCUCUCUCUCUCUCUCCUCGCGCCAGGGGAGCGGAGUGAGGCCUAGCUAAGCUCCGGUUCGUAGGUUUUCUUGUGGUUUGUAUCUGUGUGUGGCACAAUUAAGGUCCAGCUUAUUGGUGCCUAGAUUUGGAAGUGAAGCACACAAUUAAUUCGACUGAAGUGAGGUCCUAACUUUUUCCAUCUUUGAGCCAGAAGUUUCAAUGAGUCGUCUUCAUGGCAAUGACAUAGGAUAUCCAGUUCAGUCACCCUACUGGUUUUAGUAGAUAUAUUAUGGGAUACUGUUGAUACUCGCGAGGAAUCAUCUGAAUGUAAAAAACUUGAGAUGGAAAAGGGAAGUGAGGAAUAUAUAUCGUUUUAUGACUCUGAACUAGAAGAAGGUGAGUUCAGGGAGUGUAGAGCAUUUGAGGAUCAAACUGUUAAAGUGAGGCAGUUGGCAUUGCAUGGAACAUGUUCUGGGGAAUACAGUCGAAGUUAUUCAUCACAUGUCAACAGUAGAUCAAAUAAAAGGCACAAACAGAAGGAGCAUGACUAUUAUAAAUAUUCCGAUUAUCUACAAGUCUUGAAAAAGAUUGAAAAAGUCAGCUCAAGAAGAUUUGAUAAACUAUUGGUAUGGCACAACGAAGACCGUGAGGAAUUCAAUGUUGUGCGCAAAAGUCAAGAGUUUGAGUUCUUCCAAGAACAUCUACGCUCUUAUGAAGUCCAGUACACACGAGUUAUACCAACAAUAAAACGUUGCAGGAUGAAGCUACCAAAGUUACUAUUCUCUGUUUUGCACAAGACUUUUCAUAAACAUUUCCAAUCCCAGCUGAUAGAAUUUGUGAAACGACAAAUAAAAGAUAGAGACAAGGAUAAGAGAGUAAGAAACCGCUGGAUAUUUGAGGCUGAAGCUGGUUACCUUAAGACAGAUUUUGACAUGAUUCCCUUGUCAUAUUCUGGGCUUAAGAUAGAGAAAUUGAAAUGCUCUUCGACUGACUAUUUAAAUGGUGAUGCACAGCUCAACUACUUUAACAUGGAAUGUCUAUCUACUGAAAUUGAAGCUAUUGCUUCUUCAAGUACAAAAUCAGAAGAGACCUGUGCAGGCAAGAGAAGCGACACUUCUGAGCCCAUUCUAGACAAUUCAGAAGUUCUGCUUGAAAUCAAUGUAUCUACCAAGGAUGGGGCUUCAGUUGGUGCAGCUGAAGAAGUUUUCACCUGUGAAAGGUCUUCACAGUCCACCUGUGGGCCGACUACAAUGGUAUUUGGUCAAAAUAAUGGGAGACAAAUUGACUUCCCAGUAGCAGCACAAAGUAAUGUGGGGGAUGCAGAGUUAUCCUAUGCCUCUCAAUCUCACAUUAGUGCAGCAUCAGCACAUGCUAAUGUUGUGGCUGCUGAUUCAGAAAAUGCAAACCUGCUUUCCAGAGCAAAGGGAAGAUGUCCAAGUUCAACCUAUAAUGUUUCGCUAGGUUCCUGCUCUGGGUCUCAGAGAAAACUCCCAUUUGAGUCUGCCUCGAGCCCGUGCGAAACUGCAUUGCUUCACAAGGAAGCCCCAUGUGCAGAUCACCAGAUAUCCUUGAACACUGUUUCUCCGCAGGAAGCUCCCUGCGCAAAUCACCAAAUAUCCUUGGACACUGUUUCUCCGCAGGAAGCUCCAUCUGCAAGUCCGCCUUCAACUAAUGUGAUUCAGAUGGAACAAUCUGAGGACAUUAGUAAUGUGAUUCGGGUGGAACAGUCUGAGGACAUUAGAAGUGAGGAAGCGCCUAAUGGUCAAGCUUCCUCCUUUGCCCAAGUUACCGAGCAGCCUAACAUGCAAGCAAAUACAUCAACUUGCCAGGCUGUUACUCAUCAACCACCUGAUGGGAGUAUUCAUUCGGUUAGAACUGAGUUUAUCAACCCUCGAGCAUCAAAUAUUGAGUCAUAUUCAGUCAACCAGAUUCUAACAAGAUCCAUCUUUGAGCAACGCCCUAAUGAAGCUGGGUUUCAAUCAGAUCCCGUUGCUGUUGAGUUGAGUCGGUUACAGAUGUUACGUUGUCUGAUGACCAAGAGACAUGAAGAGAAGCGGCAACAAAUUAUUUUGGCACGUGAAAUAGAGAUGGCUGAAACUAAAAGGAAGUAUGAUGAGCUGAUCCAUAAAUUGGAGAUGGAAACAUCACAGAGAAAGAAAGGAAUUCAAAUACUUGCUGACAAAGUCUAUAAACGACAAACGUUGGCUGAGGGAUUCCAGACUAUGUUUGUUUCACACGGAUCAAGAGCCAGGAGAAGCAUGCAGCCUAAUCGAUCAUCAGGUCAGCAGGCUUUGCAGAUUCCUGCAUCCGUUUCAGCCCCGGCAUCAGCAGUCAUGUGUCAACCAUCGCAACAGGAUGCGCAGUCAUCCAUGGGCAGUUCACCGCGACACCCUUUUGUGACAAUAAAUCACCAUAGCAUGGACUAUUUGGGCAGAUCUGCUACUCCCUUGGCUCACAGUCGAGGUGCUGGCAUGGGCUCUGGGAUUGCGUACCAUGCACCAGAAUCCCAUCUCCAUUCUGUUGUAAAUCCAUUGCCAGCAUCAGGUCUCCAACUUGGGAUCGCGAGCUUGGAACAAUAGCUGGGGCUUUUGAUUCUUCUUCGAAGCUUUCGGGCAUGCAGCCCGUAAGGUUACAUACAGUGUAACCGUAUGUGUUUCUAUGAUGACUUUAACUUCUGAGUUUUGCUUAGUGAGAAAUAGAUCCUACUUAGAAUCCGAUCAGGCCGUAUACUUCUCUAGCUGGGAGAUUAAUCUGUUAGUUUAUGUUUCGCUUUCUGCAUCCUUCAAGUUCAGUAGCAACAGUUUGACUGAGACUGGAGCUGUCACAGGUGGCAGACAUGUGGUACACCCAAAAUCCUGAAACCAGCCUGCAUCUGAAGUGCUUGGCCGUCC